GUAAGCCCUGAUUGGCUGUACGGAAGGCGGCUACGUGGCCGAAGAAGGCGGGUCUCUGUCUAAACUGAGGCUCCGCCACAACUCCACAGGAUUGGUGGUACGGCGGGGCGGGCCAGAGUCCGCGGCCUGAAGCGGAAGUGGAGAAAAGAUGGAGGAGCAUCAGCAUGUGCCCAUCGACAUCCAGACCAGCAAGCUGCUCGAUUGGCUGGUGGACAGAAGACACUGCAGCCUGAAAUGGCAGAGUCUGGUGCUGACGAUCCGAGAGAAGAUCAAUGCUGCCAUCCAGGACAUGCCAGAGAGUGAAGAGAUUGCCCAGCUGCUGUCUGGGUCCUACAUUCACUACUUUCACUGCCUAAGAAUCGUGGACCUUCUAAAAGGCACAGAGGCCUCAACGAAAAAUAUUUUUGGCCGAUAUUCUUCCCAGCGGAUGAAGGAUUGGCAGGAGAUCAUAGCCCUAUAUGAGAAGGACAACACCUAUUUAGUGGAACUCUCUAGCCUCCUGGUUCGGAAUGUCAACUAUGAGAUCCCCUCACUGAAGAAGCAGAUUGCCAAGUGCCAGCAGCUGCAGCAGGAAUACAGCCGCAAGGAGGAGGAGUGCCAGGCAGGGGCUGCCGAGAUGCGGGAGCAGUUCUACCACUCCUGCAAGCAGUAUGGCAUCACGGGUGAAAAUGUCCGAGGAGAAUUGCUGGCCUUGGUGAAGGACCUGCCAAGUCAGCUGGCUAAGACUGGGGCAGCAGCUCAGUCCCUGGGGGAAGCCAUAGACCUGUACCAGGCCUCUGUGGGGUUUGUGUGUGAGAGCCCCACAGAGCAGGUGUUGCCAAUGCUGCGGUUCGUGCAGAAGCGGGGAAACUCAACGGUGUAUGAGUGGAGGACAGGGACAGAGCCCUCUGUGGUAGAGCGACCCCACCUUGAGGAGCCUCCUGAGCAGGUGGCAGAAGAUGCGAUUGAUUGGGGCGACUUUGGGGUAGAGGCAAUGUCUGAGGGGACUGACUCUGGCAUCUCUGCUGAGGCUCAUAGAAUUGACUGGGGCGUCAUCCUGGAAUCACUCUCAAAGGACCCUGGAAGUGAUGGGAUAGACUGGGAAGAUGAUUUGCCGAUGGCAGUGCUGGAAGCAGGAACUCAGGCUCCAGAAGGUGUUGCCAGGGGCCCAGAUGCUCUGACACUUCUUGAAUACACCGAGACCCGGAAUCAGUUCCUCGAUGAGCUAAUGGAGCUUGAGAUCUUCUUAUGCCAGAGAAUAGUAGAGUUGAGUGAGGAGGCAGACGUCCUGUCUGUGAGCCAGUUCCAGCUGGCUCCAGCCAUCCUGCAGGGCCAAAGCAAAGAGAAGAUGGUUGCUAUGGUGUCAGUGCUGGAGGAUCUGAUUGGCCAGCUCAUCAAUCUUCGACUGCAACACCUGUUUAUGAUCCUGGACUCACCAAGGUAUGUGGACCGAGUGACUGAAUUCCUCCAGCAAAAGCUGAAGCAGUCCCAGCUACUGGCUUUGAAGAAAGAGCUGAUGGUGCAGAAGCAGCAGGAGGCACUUGAGGAGCAGGCGGCCCUGGAGCCUAAGCUAGACCUGCUGCUGGAGAAGACCAAGGAGCUACAGAAGCUGAUUGAAGCUGACAUCUCCAAGAGGUACGGCAGGCGCCCUGUGAACCUGAUGGGAACCUCUCUGUGAAACCGUCCAUGUUCUUGCCUGCCCAUCUUCUCAGCCUUUGGGAUGAAGAUGAUAGCCAAGGCUGAUGUUUUGGGGCCCUUCAAGGCAAAAGACCAGGCUGACUGGAGGAUGGAAAGCCACAGGAAGGAAGCGACACCCGAUGGUGAUCUUGGUACUCUCCAUGCUCUCUAUAAGAAGCUGUCGUGAUUGGCCCUGUGACCUAUUAGGUGAAAACCACAGCUUCUCCUUCUAGUUAGUGUAGUGAACUUAAUAAAAGAGGAAAAAACUCUUGCUUC